CUUUUGUGUUAUUUCCUUAUUAUUUCUUAGCUGAAAGUAAACAAUUGCUCAUUGGAGUAGCUGCAGUUGUUGAUUAGUGAACGGGGAGCAUAAAUCUGGGAUGCAUGAGAGCUCUGAAUUUGGUCAGAUGGAGAAUUAGGAGGUAUGUAAUAGUCAGUUUGAUGAAAAAUAAAACGAACAACAAAAACAGCAAUCACUCAUAAAAUCAGCAGUCCACAUUGCAAUGACACAAUGUUGUGACAUUAGAACUCCAUAUGCUCUUCAGAAUAGAAUUGUGUUCACAAUUUUCUAAAGGCUAGAAGGGAAGGAUGUGACGGCUCCUUUGAAGCAGAGAUUUAUACAAUCUAGGGCAGGGUUCCCCAACCUUUUUGUGCCUGUGAGCCCCUUUGGAAUUUUAGGAGAGGGUGGUGAGCUCCAACUCAAAAUGUGAGUGCCAACUCAAAACUCUCAACAGCUGUCACACUUUGCAAAAGAAUGGCAGAAGAUCAAUAAAAAGAAAUGACAAGAUGAAGAGAGAAAGAGAAAGAAGAAAAUCAAGAAAGAAACCCUGAAGAGGAAAUGGAACCACAAAACUGAAGGGUGGCCAACAAGAAGCCCUGUUAACUUUUUGAAAAAUUUGGAAGACAUGAACUUGAAUGAGGAACGGAAAGCUCCUUUACGAAAUAAGGACUUGACCACAAAACGUGAGAUGGUUGUCCAGUACAUUUCUGCAACUGCCAAAUCUAUUAUUGGAAGUAAAGUUCAGGGAGGACUGAAAAACAGUAAACAUGAGUGCACUCUAUCAUCCCAAGAAUAUGUCCAUGAAUUACGGUCAGGUAUCUCAGAGGAAAAGCUUCUCAACUGCUUAGAGUCUUUGAGAGUGUCUCUAACAAGCAAUCCAGUCAGCUGGGUUAACAAUUUUGGACAUGAAGGACUUGGGCUUCUGUUGGAUGUUCUUGAGAAACUUUUGGAUAAGAGACAGCAAGAAACUAUUGACAAGAAGAAUCAGUAUAAGGUUAUACAGUGCCUCAAAGCAUUUAUGAAUAACAAGUAUGGACUGCAAAGAAUCCUAGGAGAUGAAAGAAGCCUUUUGUUAUUAGCCAGAGCAAUUGAUCCAAAGCAACCAAACAUGAUGACUGAAACUGUAAAAAUACUUUCUGCCAUUUGUAUCAUUGGAGAGGAAAAUAUUCUGGAUAAAAUUUUAGGAGCUAUAACAACAGCUGCUGAGAGAAACAAUGGAGAACGUUUCUCUAACAUUGUGGAAGGGCUUGAAAAUCAUGAAGCUCUGCAGUUACAGGCAGCCUGCAUGCAGUUCAUAAAUGCCCUUGUCACUUCUCCUGAAGAUCUUGAUUUUAGGAUACACUUGAGAAAUGAAUUCCUGCGCUGUGGGCUAAAGAAAAUAUUGCCAGACCUAAAAGAAAAGGAAAAUGAAGAGCUUGAUAUUCAAUUGAAAGUGUUCGAUGAAAACAAAGACGAAGACUUAAUUGAACUGGCCCAUCGCCUCAAUGAUAUCAAAGUAGAAAUGGAUGACGUGAAUGAAGUCUACCACCUAUUAUAUAACAUGUUGAAAGACACCACAUCUGAAAAUUAUUUCUUAUCCAUUUUGCAACACUUUCUACUGAUCAGGAAUGAUUAUUAUGUCCGCCCGCAGUAUUACAAGAUAAUCGAAGAAUGUGUUUCACAGAUAGUUUUGCACUGUAGUGGUAUGGAUCCCGAUUUCAAGUGCAGAGGAAGGUUGGAUGUGGACUUCACUCACCUUGUUGAUAGCUGUGUGGACAAAGCAAAAGUAGAUGAAAGUGAGCAAAAAGCAGCUGAAUUUUCCAAAAAGUUUGAUGAAGAGUUCACAGCUCGACAGGAGGCACAAACUGAGCUUCAGAAACGAGAAGAGAGAAUUAAAGAGCUUGAAACUGAAAUCCAGCAGCUACAAAGCCGGGCUCCUGUAUCUUCAAGUGGACCUGCUCCAGCAGGGAUACCACCUCCACCACCUCCUCCACCUCCUCUUCCUGGAGGUGGACUCCCAGUUCCAGCUCCUCCACCUCCUCCACCUCCUUUGCCUGGAGCACCACCUCCUCCUCCACCACCACCACCUUUGGUUGGAGGUCAACCACCACCUCCUCCGCCUCCUCUUUUUGGUGGCAUUCCUCCUCCACCCAUAGCUGCACCAGCAUUGCCUUUUGGAAUGAAGCAGAAGAAAAAAUACACCCCUGAAGUAUCUAUGAAGAGGAUUAACUGGGCAAAGAUUGAGCCAUCAGAUAUCUCAGAAAACUGUUUUUGGUUGAAAGCUAAGGAAGGAAAAUUUGAAAAUCCGGAUCUGCUUGCGAAACUGGCACUUACUUUUGCCACACAGAUGAAGGUUAAAAAGGCAGUAGAAGAUACAGAAGAAAAGAAAAUAGCUUUGCCGAAGAAGAGGGUGAAGGAGUUAAGAAUAUUGGAUGGGAAGACUGCACAGAAUCUGUCUAUUUUCCUGGGAUCUUUCCGCAUGCCUUAUGAGGAAAUUAAAAAUAUCAUAUUAGAAGUAGAUGAAGAAAAACUGAGUGAAGCAUUGAUUCAGAAUCUGGUUAAAAACCUCCCUGAACAGAAGGAGCUCAGUGCCUUAGCCGAGUUGAAGAAUGAAUAUUAUGAUCUUUGUGAACCGGAACAAUUUGGAGUGGUGAUGAGCUCGGUGAAAAUGUUACGGCCUCGCCUCAAUGGCAUCCUUUUCAAGCUUACGUUUGAGGAGCACAUAAACAAUAUCAAGCCUGGCAUCAUGGCGGUAACAAUAGCCUGUGAAGAACUGAAGAAGAGUGAGAGCUUCAGCAAGAUGCUGGAACUCGUCCUGCUGAUUGGAAACUACAUGAAUUCAGGCUCGAGAAAUGCCCAAUCGCUGGGCUUUAACAUUAGUUUUCUUUGCAAGAUUAGAGAUACUAAAUCAUCUGAUCAAAAAACAACCUUGUUGCAUUUUCUGGCUGAAAUUUGCGAAGAGAAUUAUCGGGACAUCUUAAAAUUCCCAGAUGAACUGGAACAUGUGGAGUGUGCAAGCAAAGUUUCGGCUCAAAGUAUUAAGAGCAAUCUUGAUUCCAUGGAACAUCAGAUACAGCGUUUGGAAAAUGAUACCAAGAAAUUCCCGAAAACAGAAGAUCCACAUGAUAAAUUUGUUGAGAAGAUGAUUAGCUUUGCAAAGAGUGCCAGGGAACAAUAUGAAAAAUUGUCUAACAUGCACAACAACAUGAUUAAACUAUAUGACAGUUUGGGAGACUACUUUUGUUUUGAUUCCAAGGCUGUGUGCAUUGAGGACUUCUUUAUAGAUCUGAGCACCUUCAGAACACUGUUCUUGGAGGCAGUGAAGGAAAACAACAAGAGAAGAGAGAUGGAGGAGAAAAUUAAGAGAGCCAAACUGGCCAAAGAGAAAGCCGAACGUGAGAGACUGGAGCGUCAGCAGAAGAAGAAACAACUGAUUGACAUGAAUAAAGAGGGUGAUGAGACAGGAGUGAUGGAUAAUCUUCUUGAGGCACUGCAAUCCGGGGCAGCCUUCAGGGAUCGCAGGAAACGGACCCCAAGAACGCAAGAUAACAGACGCAUAACAUUGGAAAGGUCACGUUCCCGCCACAAUGGAUCUAUCACAGCAGUAUGAAUUCCCCAAUGCCAAAGAGGUGUUAUGAAAGAGCUUCAAUGUAUGAAGAGCAACAGUGUCCAGAAAUAAAAGUUAAAUGAAUUCCAGGGAACAACGAUGAGAAGAAUAAAUAUGUAUCUUACAAAAGUUAUUACCUUAAAAAUCCACUUAUUGUACUUACUACGGCAAUUCUCAAGAACUGCAAUCAGUGUUAAAAAUCCUCUUUUUUAGUAUUAUGGCUGCUGCUAAGCUAGCAACUGAGGCAGCAGUCUAUUGAUCUCAUGUGCCAUUCCCAUUCACUUCAGUUGGGUUUGCACGGGGGAACUUGGAUUGUUGCUCAAAGUGUGGGAAGAUGCUUUGUAUAAAUUUAAGGUGAACGGAAUAUGUAUGUGCUGAAGAAGAGCACCGUCAAAAGAUCGGUCAACCAAGAGUCCAUUUAUAGCUCAUAUUUAGACAUGAAAGGAAAAAAAUAGGAAAAAUUUGCAUAUUAAUGAAUUCAGAUAUGAGCUGAUUUAGCACACAUCAUGAGAGACCUUUUUGUAAGCUUGAGAAAGCACUGUAUAGUCCCCAUCAAUUUCCUUAGAAUCUUAUCUCAAGUUUUAAGCAUGAUGGAUUCAGCUAUUUUGGUUGCAGUUAAACUUUAUCACAAAUCUACAGCCUCAAUGGUAGAAAGAUAUAUAGCUUAUCACUGCUAAAAAAAGAUUUUUUUUAAAAAAAAAAAGAGAGAGAAUGAGAACAUAGGAUUGUACCAAAGUGAAACCAUAUCAUUUGCAGAAUAUGUUUUUAACUAUAUUUAAAGAUAUAUUUUCUAAUUAAGCGCUUAUAUAAACUUUAUACAGAUAUUUUGAGGGGGGGAAAUCUUAUCUGUCCUAUUUUGAUAAUUCUAAAAUUCCUUUGCUUUUGUCUAAGGUUCGGAAACCUAAUAUACUAAUAUGAACUUAGUUGAAAUUAAUUAUCAAGGUGGACUCAAAUAGAGGGGUUUGUUUGGGACAGCUAAACUGGAAAAAAAACUGAAAAAUAUCUGGGUGGUAUUUAGGGGGGUCUCCCCCCCCAAAAAAUGGUGGCAAUUUAAAGGGAGCUAAAAAGUAGAUCCUGGCAUAAUUUAUGCCCCACCACCAUUUUUUUUAAAGACUGGGGCAUCCCCUUUCUCCUCCUUACCUACCUGCUAGCUGUCCAGGCAUGGGCAAAAUUCCCCCACCACCAUUUCCAGGCUCCAUAUGGGGCUCGGAGGCAGCAAGUGACACAAAACUGUAAGCCAGGUUAGGUCCUGCCAAGCCCAGCAUGCAGCUCUGUCUAGGCUGCCACUGUCUCUGGGCUCCACUUGGGACUCCAAAGCUUCGCCAGCCACCACCAUGGCUUCCAAGCUCCACACGGGUCUCGGAGGCAAAUACUGCAGCCCUGCAAUCAAGUAAGUGGGAUGAGAUCGGAAGGGGGAAAUGGGCAGUAAAAUUCAAAUUUGGAUCUAAUUGACCCAUUUUUUUCAGGAACCAGGAUAUUCCCAACAUGGGGGUUCGGGAAUAUCCACACUUAUCAAAACAAAUCAGGUUCAUUAGAGUUGAAUCUGAAUUUUAACAUUUUUUUACACUCCCUUAUAUUCAAAACAAUUUCAGACAAGCUGUGAUAGCCCAGGUCAAGGUACGGGCUGAAAUUGUGUGUGUACGUGUACACACGCACAUACACACUUUGUAAAGAAUCAACACAGAAUUGCCAUUUUGAUCAUGUGACUGCUGGAUCGGCCAGAAGGCCGAUGACUGCAGUUAGUCAUAGUUGUCACAUAAUCUUUAGUGGACUCUAAAAAUUGCCCCUCCCAUGCUUCUAGUAUUACGCUGCAUCCCAGAUAAGAUUAACCUAGUCUGCUGCAGCUUUUCUAAAGUCUGUAUGAAAUAUAUUUUGGGGUUAAGGAGAUAGCUGUUUCUCAGGAUUAAAUAUCUGUUCUUACUGCUAACAGUCAGAAUCUCAGAUGUAUAAAUGCCCUAUAACAAAUAUAUUCCCACCAGUGGUUUACAGGAGCCACACUAGUGGAAUGCUAAGUGACUGGUGGAGAGUGUGGAAUGCACUGUACUGUGAGGUUCUAUGGAGAGAGGGGAAAGAGGUCAACACUCAGGCAAGUCACAAACAAUGUCAAGAAUCCAAUCUCAGCUUGCACUGCGAGCAGUUAGGUAACCACCACCGUGGGCUUCAAGAACCAAAAUUCUCAUGCCAUCCUCUUUCAGGGGGUUAUAUAUGCUUCUAUUGUUGUAUGUUUCAUAACAAAUAUUUCUGUGCCUCCCCAGAAAAAUCACGUUAAGCAGAAAAACUAUGAUGGAAAAAAAAUCCUGCAAUGGGAUUGGGUUUAAGUUCUAUUCUUUUGUUUUCUUAAUUGAAUACAGGGAGAAACUUCCAGUACUAGUUUACAUAUUGCAAAAAAGAUGUCUUUGUUUUCUAAUAACAAAUACAAAUAGUUGUAGUUCACAAAAUGUUCUUCAGUUUCUCCCAUUGUGUAAGAAUUUAUUGUUAAGUAUUAGGUGAAUUAAUAAGUGUAAGGUGAACAACAUUUUCUAACUCAAGAGUUUAGAGUUAAAAAUGUGUUAACACAAAGCCAAAAUGAAACUCAUUUGGGUGGACAAAAUCUAUAUUUUCUAAAGUGUAAUAUUUUGAAACAAUAGAUUGAUGCUCAUAGGUGACGUAAGUAAUUUAGACGCCAAAAUGUUGAAGCAAUUAUUGAAGCAUCUGUGAACAUGACCUCAAAAUAUAUCACAGAUUUUUUAAAACUAUAAUAUUAAUUACUAUAACGACAGCCUUUUUUCAUUUCCUGACAUGUUUUUGAGCAGUCUGCCUGGUGGUUGGAGGGUGGAAAUUUUACAGAAGCAGAUUCCAGCAAAGAUCAAAUCCAGAAAAGAAUUCUAAUGGUUUUGUGAUCUUUUAGUUUUGCUACCCCAGUCUGACUUUGAAAAACUGAUAUAAUUUAAUGACGUGUGCUCUACGGAAGCAGAAAUAGUCUUUCAAAGAAAAAAAAUAUGAUAGAUGAUGAUAUAUGUAAAUACAGAAUGCUUGUAUUUAUGAAGUCAAAAGAGUAUUUUCUGAAUUUUAUGUUGGGUUACUGUAUCACUUGACAGCUAUGUGUUCUCUUUGAAAAUGCCGAUAAACAAAAAACUUUGGGGUACUAGUAUGAUUCCACCACUUGUCAUGUUUACCAGGUGAGCAAGUUCAUGUGUAGCCUGGACAUCAUAGCACCUUUUGCCGAACUGCACUUGCCUUAUUUUAUAACUGGGGGUGGGGGGGUUGCCGGAAAAAAAAACCCAUAUCAAAUUAUAUUUGUAAAUAAAGGAAACAAUCCUUCAAGCCCCUUCAAAGCAAAGGCUUGCUGGAUUAAGCCGCAAGGUAUUCACACGCCAAAAAAAUCACCGAAGCUUUUUGCAAACCAUUUAAACACCAUUUAGGAAUCUAACACAUCUUUUCACAGAAAAUACGUUUCCAUUGUAACAGAACAUCGAUGAGCGUUCACAAUUUAAAGUGUAAUGUGACUAUAAUUCUUAGUUAUUUUGUCAUUUGCAUUUCUUACAUGUGUUAAGAACAGGGUUUUUUUUAAUCUUUAAAAGAACAGAAUGGAGCUAAAUUUAUGUUAUUAAAUAGUUAUGCAAAGAUGCAUACAUACAGCUAUGCCUCCAAACAGCGUUGAGGUCAUCGGGAAGAUAUUGCUUGGUGCUCGUCAUUACUUAAGGCACAAUUUCUACUGCUUGCUCAGAGGGAAGUGCAGUACAUUUCAUGUAAUACGUAAUCAGCUAUGAUCCUACAAGUUCCUUUCCCCUGCUAGAAAUGACAUUUUAAAUGUUAAAUUUAGCCAUUAACUUAUAUAUAGUUUAUUUUACCUUGCCAGAAGUAAAGCUCUUUUGUGCAAAGCUGCUUAUUUUUACAUUGAACCACUAUGAAGAAUUUCUGAACAAACCACUUCUAAAAGCAGAGCUCCAAAAUGUGUUCAAGUAGGUAGGCUUGGGGUAUAUCUUUUUUAUGCUGAUCAGAGUGUGUAAAACUUGCUUGUUCCUACUGACCACUAUUUACCAGGUUAUAACAUAACUGUGUAAACUUUAAUGUUUAGCCUUUCUUUCCACAUAUAGAAAAAAUAUGGGCUACCUCAGAGUGCAAUUUAGCUAAAUGCAGAUUCCCUUCUCCUCUUCCCCUCCACAAAACAUAACUCAAUGAAAAACUCAGGAACUUCAGAAGUGUCUUUUUGAUUACAAAUCUUAUCUUUAAUUUGACCGGGGUUUAUCGUUAGUUCUUAAAACCUCCGUUCAACUAGGGGUCAGCUCAGAGGAUGCUUUAUUAGAUGUUGGAUUCUUCCUAAAUCUCCUCCCCAUAUGCCCUCUUACGAGCAUCCAUGACAUUUGAACCAGAUGCCUCAACUUCUCUUAUUUUGUGGGCACAUUUUCUAGCAGAAUUUGCUGCCACGAUGACCUGUGGUUUCCAAAUUCACAAACUUGCCAGUACAAGAACCCAGUUAGGGAUGGCCACGUUUAUGGCAGACACUGCUGGAAAAACAGUAAUCCAAACCAGUCCUGGGUGGAGCUCUAGGCUUGAACAAUAUAAGAGAACAAAAAUAGCAAAUUUUGUUACAUGCAUAACUGUUUCGUUCUGUGUACUUGGAACGUGCCAGUUUUAGUGGAAAUGUGUAUAGUACCUUAAAAAAAGAAAGAAAUUGUAGCUGUGUCUAUACAGUGUGUUAAAGCAAGCACCAUUAUCUUCAAUCACUACCUUUCACAGUUUUGUAGACAUCCCACCCAGCUAUGCUGGUUCCUAUUCCUCUGCAUUCCACUUCAAUCUAAGCACCUUUGCUCAAGUGAAAUGGUAAGAAUAUUGACGCGCCAUGAUAUUAACUAUUUAGGGAAGCUGUAGAAACUUCUCCUUACCUCGCAUGUGUCAGAAUAUCUUUUUUUUCUCUUGUAAAAGAUCCUCUAAGGUACAAAUAGCUACAUUGCCUCUCCAGUAACUCUCCUGCAGGUCCUUGUGAACAAAGCUUCAGAGCUCCAGUUCUCCUGCUUGUCUUGCUUGUUCUGAAUCCACAGAAACCUAAACACGUUGUUGCUGUCAAGAAGAGAAUGCUCUCUUAGUGCAGGUUAGUAACUGAGGAAAUAUAAAUGGGGGCCAGUUGGUUGUUGCCUCCUUUUAUAGGCAUUGAUCCCACUGUGCAGCUCCUGCAGUGGAAUGGAUUUUUACUUCACAGGGCAUCAUUCCUCCAUUUCCACUGGAGAUUUCUGCUUGGUCCCUUCUGCUGGACAUAAGGGUCUGUUCAUCUCCAGAAACAAAAUUUUGCAAAGCUCAGUAGGAAAAGCAGGCGAGUCCUGCCCUAUGUAGUCCCUGGAUGGUCAGAUGCAUUCCAUAGUUGUUUUGUUCGCUGUUUGAGAACGUCAUUCUGCUAUGCACUACUGUUGGCACCCAGUUAGAUUUCCUUCACUCAGAACCAUCUCCUUGUCCUAUGCACAUCGAUAACAUUUAGAAUAGCAGUCCACACAUGAACACCCAAUAAAGGAGUGAAAUUUAACAUUUCAUCCUCAUAAAUGCAUGGCAAAGCUUGCUUGUGGCUGAGAGUAGUUUACAGUGUACUCUCCCAGACCUAUUUCCUCUUAAGACCUGUAGUUGGGGGCAACCAAUUAUUUCUUUGACUUUAAGUCUUCAGAGAUACUUGAGGUUUCUGGGAUCAUAGUAAAUACUCAGUUUUGAAAUAUCACUAUCACUUUUCAGAAAUCUGUUUGUUUAACAAAUCAAGAUAUUUUCCAUAAUUUUAAUGGUAGCCCUCAACUCCCACCAAAUGUUAAGAUGCAACAGAGUACAAAUUGUAUACAUAUAAGUUCCAUUGUUUUCAGUUCAGAGUAACCCUAUAAUGCAGCACUGGUUAAUCUGAACACUUUAGAUUCUUGUCCCAAAAGUACAUUUACAAGGGUCAGAUAUUUAAGUCAGUAGGACACCUUACUUGAUAAUGCCAACCUUUCUUUUGCUCUAACACAGACCAAUUUUGAUGAUUUCAGAGCUUCAUUGUCAACUAAUUGCAACUUUUGUAAAAAAAAAAUAGUUUUGGGGGCAAUCCUGUGUAGUUGUGUAUGUUUGUUUAAUACCUCUUAAACAGCAUCACUUUGAAGUUACCUCUGUGCAACAAAAUUCUGUUAUUUGGAGGGUGGGGCUGGGUUUAUGGUUUUUUACUCUGAAGUGUCAAAUAUAUUUGCAAUAGUAUGGGGAAAUAUCUUGUGUACUGGCUGAUUUUUUUUUUAAAAGAAACCUGAGAAAUUAUAUUCUUUUUAAACUGUCAGUUCCUGGUGAUGAAAGUUUAAAAUGUAACGUUAUAAUACAGUCAUUGAGCACAUUA